AAGGCUGAGAAGAAAGCCAAGGUCAUUGCAGUGAUGAAUGUCGUAGAAGAAAAUCAAGGGCCUGGGGAGCCACAAAAAGUGGAGGAGGCCAGUCCUCCUACUUUGCAGCAACCUACUGAUCCUGCUUCCCCCACUGUGGCCACCACACCUGAGCCAGUGGGGGCUGAUGCUGGGGACAAGAAUACUGCCAAGGCUGCUGCUGAGGAGCCUGAAUAUGAGGAUGGCCGAGGCUUUGGCAUCGGGGAGCUGGUAUGGGGAAAACUUAGGGGCUUCUCCUGGUGGCCUGGCCGAAUUGUAUCCUGGUGGAUGACAGGCAGAAGCCGGGCAGCUGAAGGCACUCAAUGGGUCAUGUGGUUGGGAGAUGGCAAGUUCUCCUUGCCACUGAGCUCCUUCUGCAGCGCCUGCCACCAGGCCACAUAUAACAAGCAGCCUAAGUACCGGAAAGCCAUCUAUGAGGUCCUUCAGGUGGCCAGCAGCCGCGCUGGGAAGCUGUUUCCAGCCUGCCCUGAGAAUGAUGAAAGUGACACAGCCAAGGCAGUGGAGGUGCAGAACAAGCAAAUGAUCGAAUGGGCUCUGGGUGGCUUCCAGCCCUCUGGCCCCAAGGGCCUGGAGCCACCAGAAGAAGAGAGAAAUCCCUACAAGGAAGUUUACACUGACGUGUGGGCCCCAGUCGAGCCUGAAGCUGCUGCCUAAGCCCCACCUCCACCAGCCAAAAAACGAAAGAGCACAGCAGAGAAGCCCAAGAUCAAAGAGAUCAUUGAUGAAGGCACAAGAGAGCGGCUGGUAUAUGAGGUGCGGCAGAAGUGCAGGAAUAUCGAAGACAUCUGCAUCUCCUGUGGGAGUCUCAACGUCACCCUGGAACACCCCCUCUUCAUCGGAGGAAUGUGCCAAAACUGCAAGAACUGCUUCCCGGAGUGUGCCUAUCAGUACGACGAUGACGGCUACCAAUCAUAUUGUACUAUCUGCUGUGGGGGCUGAGAAGUCCUCAUGUGUGGGAACAACUGUGGCAGGCGCUUCUGUGUGGAAUGUGUGGACCUGUUGGUGGGACCAGGUGCUGCCCAGGCAGCCAUCAAGGAAGACCCCUGGAACUGCUACAUGUGUGGGCACAAAGGCUCCUAUGGGCUGCUGCGGCGGCGAGAUGACUGGCCGUCACGCCUCCAGAUGUUUUUCGCCAAUAAGCAUGACCAGGAGUUUGACCCUCCCAAAGUUUAUCCCCCAGUCCCAGCUGAGAAACGGAAGCCAAUCCGGGUGCUAUCUCUUGAUGGAAUUGCCACAGGACUAUUGGUGCUGAAGGACCUGGGGAUCCAGGUAGACCGCUACAUUGCCUCCGAGGUGUGUGAGGACUCCAUCACUGUGGGCAUGGUGCGGCACCAAGGGAAGAUCAUGUACGUGGGGGACGUCCGCAAUGUCACCCAGAAGCACAUACAGGAAUGGGGCCCUUUUGAUUUGGUGAUUGGAGGCAGUCCCUGCAAUGAUCUUUCUAUUGUCAACCCUGCUCGGAAGGGUCUUUAUGAGGGCACUGGACAGUUCUUCUUUGAGUUCUACCGCCUUCUGCAUGAGGCCCGGCCCAAGAAGGGCGAUGACCGCCCCUUCUUCUGGCUCUUUGAAAACGUGGUGGCCAUGGGGGUCAGUGAUAAGCGGGACAUCUCACGCUUUCUAGAGUCCAACCCUGUGAUGAUUGAUGCCAAAGAAGUGUCAGCAGCGCACAGGGCUCGCUACUUCUGGGGUAACCUUCCCGGUAUGAACAGGCCAUUGGCAUCUACCGUGAAUGAUAAGCUGGAGCUUCAGGAAUGUUUGGAGCAUGGCAGGAUAGCAAAGUUCAGCAAAGUGAGGACCAUUACGACUAGGUCAAACUCCAUCAAGCAUGGCAAAGACCAGCAUUUUCCCGUCUUCAUGAAUGAAAAAGAGGACAUCUUAUGGUGUACUGAAAUGGAAAGGGUCUUUGGCUUCCCAGUCCAUUACACGGAUGUCUCCAACAUGAGCCGUUUGCCAAGGCAAAGACUGCUGGGCCAGUCGUGGAGUGUGCCUGUGAUUCGCCACCUCUUCGCCCCCUUGAAGGAAUAUUUUACCUGUGUGUAAGGGACAUGAGAGCGAACUGGGAUAGUGACAUCUAAUCAAAGCAAAACCACCAAGAACAAGAGGUUGGAGAGAAGUAUCAGCACCCGGAAAAGAAAAAAGGAAUUAAAAAACAAACAAACAAAACAAAACAAAACAAAAAAAACACCACAGAUACGAAAACAUCACCGAGCAAAAGGGUUGGACAUCAUCUCCUGAUUUUUCAAUGUUAAACUUUGAUCCUAUUUAAAAACAAAACCAA